AAUCAAUAAUUCAAAAUCGUGUAUUUUAAAUGUACUAGAUGCACCACCUUAUGGUUUUAGAUUUGGAUGAUUAGCGGCUAGAGUUUACAGGCAAUAAUAUCAUGCCAAUAAUCAUGCUAAUUCAAGGUUUACACAAGUUCUUAUUUUUAACCAAAAGUAUGAGGUACCCUUCGAUUUAACUUGAGUACAUAUGAUAGAAGCAACAUUUUAUGUGCUAAUUAAUCAUUACUUUUAAUGUAUUUUUAGUAUUUUGAAUCAUGUUGUAAACUAUAAAUAGAUUCACAUAUGAUAAACUAUCAGUUCGUUCAGGUCAUAUAUACUGACAAUGGAAAGUUGUUCAAAUUUUAUCAGAAAAUUAAAAGUGUAAGAUUUUCGUUUAAUUGGUCGUUUUAAGUGAAGGUUUAUCAUUAAUAUGAAAAGACAGUAUGAGCUUGUAAAUUGUAAUGUUUCCGCUUGUUGCUGAUCACCAUGAACUUUCCAUCUUAUUUUGUUUAUUGCAUCUUAAUGAACAAAUUUAUUUAUUAUUUAAACGAUGGGAAAUGCUCAAAGAGCUACGGUUUCGUACAAAUAGAGAGUAUACAAGUGGUUGUUUUAUCCUGAAAGUGACCGGCUGAUGUACUGUUGUGCAGAACUGCGAGACAAUAUUGUGAACGUGUUAAUUAAAGAGAGCGAGCUAAUCUACAACUCAUUCAAAUUCGGUACCCAUAUUACUCAUUCAAAUUCGGUACCCAUAUUUCUUGUUGGGUUUCUAACAUUGACUAUAUCUUGUGAAAUAGUGUAUAGAAUAAAACUUCGAAGAGAUGACAUAAUGUAUAGAAUUAUAUCUUGUUACUAUAUCACUCAAGUAUUUUCUAGAAUAUCAAACUCAGAAGUAACCGUUUGUUUGAUUACGUGUUGGAUGAAAUGUUAAACUCAUCUUGAAUCAUUUCUCCAAUUAGGUUUGCUUCUUGAGGGAAUUUGGUGACAAAUGAUGACUUAAGUCGAAUUAUUUAGUGGAAUGUGUCAAAUUCUAUGUUGUUUGAUUUGUUUUCUUUUUAUAGUCAAAGCGUGUUUGAACUUUAAAAUUCAUAAUCUCAUUGUGGGGUGAAAUUGGGAUUUCGUAGGGGGUAAGGUAAGCAGGAUUAACUGCGAGUUCCAUGUCGCAGAGUUGAGACUUGAGAGUUAGGUCUCGCCAGUGGCGUACCGUCGAUUCUACAUGGAGUUCUACUUAUAAAAUUAAAACAAUAAUUAAAUAUAAUAUUUAAUUUCCGUAAAAAAGUUACCAGAAAAUUAUUGUCGCAACAUGUAGAAUGUACAUGGCAUGUAUUGCUCACAGAUUCUGUAUGGGUAUGGAUCAAGUGUGAGCUUGAGUAUUUGGAAAUAGGGGAUAAUGAUGGUUUAAGAAGAUCCGCCUCAUUGUCAACCAAGAAUCUAACUAAUGGAAGAUGAGUUUGAUCCUAGAGCUCUUCUCCUCUAAUUCAAUAUCUCUCAUUUGUUUCUUUUGCUAUCGAGAUAUGGCCAAGAGGAUAGGAGAAUGCGCACUACAGUCCCUCUAGCGAGUACUCGAUUAAAACAUGAUAUCAUGUGGUCAUCACCAUAGCUUUGGUAAGUGGAACAAAGAGUAUAACUCUGGUGAUGGAUGGAGACUUAAAUGAAAAAAACAUUGGCAGAUCUAAAUCCUCCAUAAGGUCUGUUUUUAUCUAUGACAAGCUUUAAGAGUUAUCGUAUUCAUAAAAAAAAAAAAGCUUGAAGAGUUAUCUUACAUGCUAUGGUUGUCCUUAAAGCCAGAGAUGCCCGGUUGUUGACCGUUGUCUUGUUUCUCGCCUUUAGGCAAAGACGUCAAACAUAUAUUAUUUCAUUUCCCAUUAGUUACUUGACGAUGACAAAUGGUAAAGUUGGAUUAUAUGGUUAAUCACGCCGCGUAAGAAAAUUUCAACACUUGGUGAAGGAGAAUAAUGUACUCUAUGUUCAACCCAUACCGGAUUCUCCAAAUAAUUUGCUUAUUGUGAAUAAUCUAUAAAUCCAGCAACAUAGUAAUUUUCGACCUCAAAUUGAACUUCGAAGAUGCUAUCCAUCUUUCUUGGGGCUAUACCAAGGGCUCGAUGGUGAAGUUAGCAGGUGACCGUCUGCACCUCAUUAUUAGACUUCAGUAUCAUGGGAUUGCCAAACCCGGAUAUGGCUGAACUACUAGUUGUUCGAGAUGAUCUACACUUAAUUUGUAGCAAUUCGGCCUUCAUGGAGUCACACUAGAAGGAGAUUCUGAAGUCGUAAUUCAUCAACUACUAAGAGAGAGGUAGAGUUUCGAUGCAAGUGGAUGCCCAAUGCUCAAAGACCGCUUACAAAUAAUAGCUACUCUAGACUCAUGCUUAAAGUUUUGUGCGGUCUCAAGGAGCGGCCCGUAAUAUGACAACAAAAAUCAUUUCUCUGUCUAGAUUGGAAUUGUUCAUUUAGUUGGUUGGUUGGAAAGGGCUUUCUAGGGUGAACUUCUAUUCUUGUAUUUCACUAUCAUUUUAUAAAAUAGUACAAACACUUAAGCAUCAUGAUGUGAAACAAAAUUAAGUGACUAAAUUUAGCUCAAUGGUCUUUUCAAAUGGUACGAGUUUGUAUCAAUCGGCCAUACAGAUUGCAGACCUUUUCACCAAGGGCUCAGCAGACACAAACUUCAAUUAUCACUACCCAAGAAGGGCAAAAACUGAUCCGGCUAGCAGAAGCAAUCUGUCCACUACAAGGGAAAAUGACAUUACGUGCAAGAGUCCUAGUUGGAUAAGGACUUGUAUGCUGCAUCUUGCAAGCCACUAUUAACCCCAACUACUGGGGUGGUUAGCCUUUGAUGGAAGCAAGACCUCUUCAUGCUAAUGCUUUAAAAAUCAUAUCGUAUUGGUCGGUUCUACCGCAAAGUUCAAAUGGUAGACUAUUUUAGUCGUACGAAACAGUUAAAUUGUAGUUCAACCACGAUUUUAAUACAAAAUACUCUAUCAGUUACUUUCUCGAUAUAAUUUCUGGUACGAUUUCCCAAUAACAAGGUAUGCUUCAGACUUGUACUCUUGGACAGUCGACAGGCCAAUCACUGCCCCAAACGUGCAAUUAUAUGUUCUCACCAGAUUUCCACCCCACACGCCAUUGAUAGAUCCCUACAAAGCUCUUGUGUAAAUUGCUUUCCUUUCCACUCAGCUUUAGGAAAGCCCCAAAGCAAGAAAAGGAUGGAACUUCAGCCUCUGCAAACGUUCCUCUUCCUUCUCCUCCUAAUACUACCCCUGAAUCACGGAUUCGGAUCUUCCGGCGACGAUCCAUCUGAACCCAGCUGCUACACUUCACUCUUCAGCUUCGGCGACUCCGCCACCGCCGCAGGAAUCCAAACCCAGGACUUCGCUCCUGGAAAAACCGCCCCCCAUUGUGCAUUUCCUCCCUACGGCGAGACCUACUUCCACAAACCCACCGGCCGUUGCAGCGACGGCAGAGUCAUCGUCGAUUUCAUCGCCCAGCACCUGGGCCUCCCUCUGCUUCCACCUUACCACGGAGAACCGAUCAACACCACCACCUCUGUUUCUCACGGAGCCAAUCUCGCCGUGGUUUCCGCCACGGCCCUCGACCCGGAAUUCCUCGAAUCCAGAGGAAUCUCCGGCUGCCGGAAUUGCUCACUGAGCGUUCAAUUGGGUCGAUUCAAAACCCUUCUAAACUCACUCUGUUCCACUCCUUCCGCAUGCAGAGACUACCUUAGCAAUUCCCUGUUUCUCGUCGGAGAAAUCGGCGGCGUGGAUUACCAGCUUGCCGCCCUCGCCGGUUUCCCCACAUACGAGGCCGAGGAUCUAAUUCCUUUCGUUGUGGAUCGGAUCGGGGACGCAAUUGAGGAGCUAAUCGAAUUGGGUGCGGUCAAUUUCUUGGUCCCUGGCGAUUUCCCCAAAGGAUGCUUCCCUUCCUACCUCACUCGGUUCCGGAGCUCCGACCAGAGCGAUUACGACCCGAUCACCGGCUGCCUCGUGUACUACAACUGGUUCUCCGACCAACACAAUCGAAUGCUCCAGGAGGAAAUCGAGCGGGUGCAGAAGCUCCACCCGGGUGCGAGGAUCCACUACGCGGAUUACUUCGGGUCGGCCACUCGGAUCCACGAGGACCCGGAGAAGUUCGGGUUCGGGAAAGCGACGAUCAACAGGGCCUGCUGCGGUGCCGGUGGGCCGUACAAUUACGAAUGGUCGGCGGUUUGCGGACGGCCGGGCGCGGUUGCGUGUGAGAAUCCGGCGUCGUAUAUCAAGUGGGACGAUCAUCACUACACGGAGGCGGCGUAUCGGGUCAUCGCCGGCGAUGUUGCGAAACGGUACCGUUACGAUUGGUUUGGUUGCCGCGCGAAGGGACUGGACUCGGAAUAAAAGUUGGAAACUUAAACGCGGGAAUCUCUCAUGCUUUAUGAAAUAUAAUUACAUAAUCUUA